AUGAUCAAAUCAAUGUUCAAAUUCAUCCUCAAGUUCUGGUUCCCUGAUGGAAAAGUUCACACGGUUCGUCCAGAAAGAGAUAUCGAGCAAAGAAGAAGACCAAAACAACGAAAACAACCAGAACAAUCAAAGGAACCAAAAGAAAUUCCACGUUGGGAAGAGCCAGUUGUUUUCGAUACCAACAAGCGAUGGGUUCGGGACCAAAUCUUCGACCGUAAUGAAUUCCAUCAAGAAUGCGUUGACUACCGUAACACUCUCUACCGUCAAUGGCAUCACUAG